CGCACAUGUGCAUCAUUUCUUAUCUAUUCAAAAAACUCUCUGUUUGGUGGAAAUGAAUUCAGUUCCUUUGUCCAUUGGAACAUACAUUCCAACAAACCACAACACACUCAAAUCACUCUGUAUCAAAAAUUCUCAAACAACAACUAACCCAAUUCCACAUUUUACCAAACUCAAAGAGACAGUUAGUCCAUUGCCUUGUUUGUUCACAAGAAGAGAAGCUCUUACUGCUCUUGGCUUGGGUUUUUCGGCGACUUUUUUCGAGUCGAAUAUUGAAGCAUUUGCUGCAGAAGAAGCUACAACUACGGAAUGUGAAUUUGCAGUUACUCCUUCAGGUCUUGCUUAUUGUGAUAAAGUUGUUGGUUAUGGCCCUGAAGCUGUUAAAGGCCAAUUGAUCAAGAAAUAAAACGGUGUGAAGAUAAAGAGAUUUUGAGCAAAAUUAAAUAAAACGCGGAAGAAAAAGAACAGAGGAGUUAAUUUGGAAGCUGCUAGCAUAUGAGAACGUGGGAAAAUAAAUGAAGAGUUGAUCUAUGUGGCUUUGUCGAGAUGGAAUCAUGUUAUAAUGAUUAGUGAAAAAUUGAAAUUGGUGGAAAAUUAAGGCAGGCAGCUAACUGAGCACGAGAUGGUAAAAUACUUAGAAAACUUUGUCUACAUGGAAGCUUCUGGAGGCAUGGCACGCUGUUUCAGUUCAGCGCAUUGGUGCGGCAACAAAUUCACGUCCCUGAAUCUUUUCCUGAGCUCGUAAUUUUUUCUGGUCCGAUUUGCAUUUGGUUUUUAAAAGUUCUGGCCUUUUGGUAUCAUAUAAAUACAUAUUCUACAGGGUUUUUACAUAACUUUGGAGAAUUUGAAACUCUUAGUUCAGAACUUUUGACCUAGAAAAAGCUUCGAGCCACCGUGGAGGUCAUAGUUACAGGGUUUUACCUUCUCUUCUUUGUAAUACUUCUUUUUACAUUUUUUUAUUCGGAUGAUUUGUUAUUUUUCCUCCAUGUCUAUGUAGAGCUAAACUCUUUAGUUCUAGGGUUUUGACACUAUCAUGAAAGUUGUGGUUUGAUGAUUGUUGCUAUCUAUUGAUUUCCAUCUUUGAGUUGCUUA